AUGGCUGCUGCUGCCCGGACACUUCGCAUUGGUCUCAUCCCCGGAGACGGUAUCGGACGGGAGGUCAUCCCGGCCGGCCGUAAGGUCCUUGAGUCCCUCCCUUCGUCCCUGAACCUCAAGUUCAGCUUCGUCGACCUCGAUGCUGGCUUCGGCACUUUCCAGAAGACAGGAACUGCUCUCCCCGACAAGACCGUCGACACCCUGAAGAAGGAGUGUGAUGGUGCUCUCUUCGGUGCCGUCAGCUCCCCGAGCACCAAGGUCGCCGGCUACUCUUCCCCCAUUGUCGCUCUCCGCAAGAAGCUCGACCUGUACGCCAACGUCCGCCCCGUCAGAACCACCGUCGGCAGCAGCAGAGGCAACCCCAUUGACCUGGUCACCGUCCGUGAGAACACCGAGGACCUCUAUGUGAAGGAGGAGCGCACCAUCGAAGGCCCUGACGGCAAGGUCGCCGAGGCUAUCAAGCGUAUCUCCGAGCGUGCUUCAUUCCGCAUCGCCACCAUUGCCGGUGAGAUCGCCCUUAGCCGCCAGGCUAUCCGCGACGCUGCCCCCGGCACCUCCACCCGCACCCAGCCCAUGGUCACCAUCACCCACAAGUCCAACGUCCUCUCGCAGACUGACGGUCUCUUCCGCGAGACUGCCCGCAAGGCCCUCUCCGCCGAGAAGUUCUCCUCCAUCCACGUCGAGGAGCAGAUUGUCGAUUCUAUGGUCUACAAGCUCUUCCGCCAGCCCGAGUACUACGAUGUUAUUGUUGCCCCCAACCUGUACGGUGACAUCCUGUCUGACGGUGCCGCUGCCCUUGUUGGCUCCCUGGGUCUCGUCCCCAGCGCUAACGUCGGUGAUAACUUCGCUAUUGGUGAGCCUUGCCACGGCUCUGCCCCUGAUAUUGAGGGUCUGGGUAUCUCCAACCCCAUUGCUACUUUCCGCAGUGUCGCUCUGAUGCUCGAGUUCCUGGGUGAGGCCAACGCCGCUGCUAAGAUCUACACCGCUGUCGAUGGUAACCUCGAUGACGGCAAGUUCCUUACCCCCGACAUGGGUGGCAAGGCUACCACCCAGCAGGUGUUGGACGAUGUCCUGAAGAGACUGUAA